UAUUCGCUACUCUAGUGCAUUCUGUGCGAAACCAGACAAUCAGCUGUUACAAACGACGUGGGCAGCAUUGGCAGCUCUAGUUUGGGGGUCUUUUCUUUUAGGAUUAAAUCAAAUUAUCGUCUGUUUGUAAAAUCAACAUGGAGAACCGCAAAAGACCGUUGGAGGCUGUCUUAAGCCCCGAUGACAGCUUCAAAACGCCGGAGAAGAAAGUGUCAGCGGUCCGGCUGCAGGACUCGGACUACACGCAAUGGGGUGUCGAGGAAACGUGUCGAUACCUGAGAAGAGAAGGUCUCAGAGAAUGGGAGGAUAAAUUUAGAGCUCAGAAAAUCACCGGAGUCGGCCUGAGAUACCUCACCGAAAGUGCUCUGGAGAAGAUCGGUAUUGAGUGCCUCGGUGACCGGCUGCAGAUCUUACACAGCCUCAGGAAGCUGUGGCAGAUAGUGGCAGAACCAAACAAGGUGUUUAAUGAUCCCAUUCAUGGUCAUGUGGCAUUACACCCUCUUCUCGUCAAAAUCAUCGACACACCUCAGUUCCAGAGACUACGAAACCUUAAGCAGCUGGGAGGGACUUACCUUGUCUUUCCUGGGGCGUCUCACAACCGCUUUGAGCAUUCAAUCGGGGUGGGCUACUUAGCUGGGCGGCUUGUUCAAGCUCUGAAUGAGAGGCAGCCUGAGCUCCUCAUCUCUCGCAGAGACAUCCUUUGCGUGCAGAUCGCUGGGCUCUGUCAUGACCUGGGGCACGGGCCAUUUUCCCACAUGUUUGAUGGGAUGUUCAUCCCCAAGGCACGGCCUGAAAUAACCUGGAAGCACGAGACUGCCUCUCUGGCCAUGUUUGACUACCUGGUGAGUGACAACAACCUGAUGCCAGUGAUGGAGCAGCACGGCCUGGUGCUACCUGAGGACCUGGAUUUUAUAAAGGAACAAAUAGCUGGACCACUGGACACUGAUACAGCUGAAGGCAAGAAGUGGCCGUAUAAAGGGCGUCCAGAAGACAAGUCCUUCCUCUAUGAAAUUGUGGCCAACAAACAGACUGGCAUUGACGUGGACAAGUGGGACUACUUUGCCAGGGACUGCCACCAUCUGGGAAUCCAGAACAACUUUGACCAUCGCCGCUUCAUGAAGUUUGCCCGAGUGUGCGAGGUGGACGGACGGAGGCACAUCUGCACCCGAGACAAGGAGGUAGGCAAUUUGUAUGACAUGUUCCACACUAGGAACUCUCUCCAUAGAAGAGCCUACCAGCACAAAGUGGGCCACAUCAUAGAGACUAUGAUCACAGAGGCCUUUUUGAAAGCAGACAAGCACAUCCAGCUGAGAGGCAAAGAAGGGAAGAUGUUCACUCUGUCAGAAGCCAUAGACGACAUGGAGGCCUACUCAAAGCUGACAGAUUGUGUGUUUGAACAAAUACUCAACUCCUUCUCAGAUAAUCUUGCUGAGGCAAGGGAGAUUCUACGCAACAUUGUGUGUCGACGUCUCUACAAGUGUCUGGGCCAAACUCAGGCAGAAAAACCCUUAAGUGUCGAUCAGGAGACGAUUCACAGCUGGGAAAUAGCUUUGGCUAAGGCCAUCCCUCAAAACAGCUCUCAGGAUGUCCGUCUGCAGCCAGAGGACUUUGUAGUCAGAGUCAUUUUCUUGGACUAUGGCAUGAAGGAAAAGAACCCCAUCAACAAUGUGCGAUUUUAUUGCAAGGAAGACCCUACCAAAGCUUUCCAGAUUCGCAAGAAUCAGGUGUCUAAACUUCUUCCUGAGCAGUUUGCUGAGCAGCUGAUACGGGUCUACUGCAAGAAGACAGAUGACAGAAGUCUGGAGGCAGCUAGGAAGCAGUUUGUUAAGUGGUGCAUGGACAUGAGCUUCUCAAAACCUCAGGACAGUGACAUAAUAGCUCCUGAGCUGACUCCUCUGAAAACGAGCUGGGCCAACAACAACAAAGGGGAGGAUGGAGAAGGUUGCAGUUCCAGUGCAGUAAACACUGCCUCAGUAAACAGACAAAAGAGUGUCAAAACUCAGCUUUUCAAGUGAAAGGAGGAGCAGAAAUACCUCUCUGUUACACAUUUGGUGGAUGGUAUGAUUAGAAAGGGCAAUGGGCAACUAUAUUUUUGUACGAGGUGCAUGUGUUGAAAGUUUUGUACACCAAAAAAAAGUGCUUUCAAACGUUCUGUAAAGGGGAAUCAUAAAUGUUUAUCCAGGGCUUCUACUCAGGUUUUUUGUCGUGUAUCCCUCUCCAAUAGUAUCCCCAUAAUUUAAUUUUAUUUUGAAAAUUUUAAUCAGGUUUUUAUUUGAGUCUUUUAUUUGGAGCUGCUUUGUUCACAUCACUUUUAUAAACUGUUUGCCUCUAAAUGAUCAUGUAUUUCCACCUCAUACAAUUUAUCAUGGACAGCUGGAAUGUACUCUAAAACUAGGCACAAUAUAUUUCAGGGCAGUGUAUUUAUGCAGCUUAGGCAUUUUAUUUUGAUUUUUAAAAGAACAUUGUAUCUGCAGUCAAAAGUUACUUCAUAUCAACAAACAUUUUCUGGAUUUGAAACAAGCAUUUAUUUUUGCUAUUUGAAUUUUACAGAGUUUGAUUUGAUCUUAGGUUUAGAUUUAUUUAUUUCUCUUUAUUUAAUGUUCUUACUGUAAGCAGCUUAAGUAUUGUGAUAUGGGCAGCAUUUACAGACUGUUAUGGAUACUGUUUACAGUGUUUACUCUCACCAAAAGCUGACAACUGCCUCUUCAAACCUGCCUCUUUCAUCACUGUUUUGUUUUGCUUUGUGUGGAAAAAAUAUCUAUGUUUUUGAAGAAUGUAGAGAGAAUCCUACCAAAGUGUUUGUGGAAAUCCUGUAAAAAGUACAACUAUUUAAAGGAUUAAAAAUAAAAACUCUGU